GUCAUUCCACUUCCGGGUUCAGAGUUCACAGGGGUCCUAGCAGCGCGGAUCAGACAGACAAACGGCUGUGUGCGCGACAAAGAUACGCUUAUUUCCUCCCUUUGGAUCACUGUGACCAGGUUUAAACAUGUCUGGCAGAGAAGGAGGCAAAAAGAAACCACUGAAGGCGCCCAAGAAACAGAACAAGGAUAUGGAUGACGAUGAUUUGGCUUUCAAGCAGAAGCAAAAGGAAGAACAGAAGGCUUUGGAGGCGUUGAAGGCCAAAGCUGGAGGAAAAGGACCUCUAGGCAGCAGCGGCAUCAAGAAAUCUGGCAAGAAGUAAAACCUGAAUCAUGCGACAGUGUUUUUUUUGCUCCCUGGCCUCGCUUCCUGCAUCUGCGGUGUGUGUAUGCUCGCUGAGAAGACUCCAGUUUGUUUUGCUCUGUUUGACAUGAACCUCAUCAAACUCAGAACCUGCCCUGGUGACGGCCCCCUCCACCAGUGAAAGUGCACAGAAAAAUGAAAUUAAUAGUUUGAGGAUUUUAAGGUCAAGAAUAUCUGCACACAUCAUAACUCCUAAUGGGAUGUUAUUCCAGGUGUCACACUGUGGUGUUUGUGUUUGAGAGCAGUCACUCAGUCGUACACUCGGACAAAAAUCUGCAAUUUACAAUUAAAGGUCUGCAGCUUUAGAAAUGUAAAGCCUAAAACUAAUCCUUAUUUACACCUCAUUUUCUUUUAUACCCAUGUUUAACUAAAUCAGAAACACAACACACCCCAACUUUCUUUUUCGUCAGAUAUUUGUUGUAUUGUCAAGAGGGAGAUACUAAUAAAGUUUUUCUAAUUAC